GUCUUCCUUCUGGUCACACUGGAUGAAAGCUGGCUGCCGGUCGCCUCGAUGGUCCGCCGGUGGCGUCUUUGGAGCAUAUGCAAACAAUGGAGCCUCCCCAGCUGGAAAACAUGAGGCUCCGCAGGUGUGACAGCGCAGCCUCGGUGCCUCAGUUCUGUAACUCCCCCACUGUGAUCGUGAUGGUGGGCCUGCCUGCCAGGGGGAAGACCUACAUCUCCAAGAAGAUGACUCGCUACCUGAACUGGAUCGGGGUUCCUACGAAAGUGUUUAACGUGGGUCAGUACCGCAGGGAAGCCGUCAAGACCUAUAAGAACUUUGAGUUCUUUAAACCCGACAAUGAGGAGGCCAUGAGGAUCCGCAAAGCCUGCGCUUCAGCCGCUCUCAAAGACGUGGCCCUUUACUUCUCAAAGGAAAACGGACAAGUUGCUGUUUUUGAUGCCACCAACACCACAAGGGAGAGGAGGGCCGUCAUCAACAGCUUUGCAAAAGAAAGAGGCUACAAGGUUUUCUUUGUCGAAUCAAUCUGUGACGAUCCAGAAAUCAUUGCAGAGAAUAUUAAGCAAGUGAAGUUUGGGAGUCCAGAUUACAUCGACCGUGACAUAGAUGAGGCCAUGGAGGACUUCAACAAGCGCAUCGAUUGUUACAAGACCAGCUACAUGCCAAUAGAUGACGAGAAGGACAGAAAGCUGUCCUACAUAAAGAUCUUUGACGUGGGCAGUAGAUACCUGGUCAACAGGGUCCGAGAUCACAUCCAGAGCAGGAUCGUCUACUACCUCAUGAACAUCCACGUCACUCCUCGCUCCAUCUACCUGAGCCGCCACGGCGAGAGCGAGCUCAACCUUUUGGGCCGCAUCGGUGGGGAUUCCAGCUUAUCCCCGAGAGGGCAAAAGUACGCCAGCGCCUUAGCGUCCUUCAUCCGAGGGCAGAGGAUCAAGGAUCUGAAGGCGUGGACGAGCCACAUGAAGAGGACCAUCCAGACCGCAGAGGCUCUGGGAGUCCAGUAUGAGCAGUGGAAGGCCCUCAAUGAGAUCGAUGCUGGGGUUUGUGAGGAGCUCACCUACGAGGAGAUUCAGGAAAACUUUCCGGAAGAAUUUGCUCUGAGAGACCAGGACAAGUAUCGCUACCGUUACCCCAAAGGAGAGUCGUACGAGGAUCUGGUUCAUCGCCUGGAGCCCGUCAUCAUGGAGCUGGAGAGGCAGGAGAAUGUUCUGGUGAUCUGCCACCAAGCCGUGAUGCGCUGCCUGCUCGCAUACUUCCUGGACAAACCAGCAAGCGAGCUGCCCUACCUCAGAUGCCCUCUUCACACUGUGCUCAAACUCACACCAGUGGCUUACGGCUGUAAGGUGGAGUCCUUUUAUUUGAAUAUUGAGGCUGUCAACACACACAGAGAGAGGCCAAAAAAUGUGAACACCAACAGGAACCCAGACGAAGCUCUGCAGACUGUUCCUGAUCACGUUUAAGAAUUCAUCCGAACGUUCAGGAUGAAACUGGAAGCGGUUCAAGAGAUUUCAGAGAAGAAUGACGGAGUCACAAAGACCGGUUCUGCAGCUGGUUCUGUUUCCGUGUCUGUGAACGUUUUCUGACUGACUGAAUGACUGUAGAGGAUCUUUUUGUAAACCAUGAAGCUUUGAUGAUAAAGAAUUUAUACACAUAAAGUCCUUGGACCUGCAAAUAAAACUCUAAAAAGUGAAUUCUACUAUUUAAUGAAUCAGGACCCUGGACAGCUCCUAAUCAAAUGUUAGUUUACGGUUUAAUUAAGGGUUAUUUGUUGAUUUUAGUGUAAAAAUGUAAAUAAAUAAAGAUAACAUUGACAAG